AUGGCGGAGUUCCAGUUCCAGUUGCAGAGAAUCUCAUUUCUUGCAACAAUGGUGAUCUUGAUGUGUGGUUUUAUUACAGGCCUGUCUCCAGAUGGACAAGCCCUGAUGUCCCUCCUCUCAUCAACCGACCCCCACUACAAAAACUCAUCUCCCCUCCUCUCUACAUGGGACCCUUCGUCACCAACUCCAUGUUCUUGGCAGGGCAUCACCUGCUCCCCUCAACAAAGAGUCAUUUCACUCUCCAUUCCCGACACAUUUCUCAACCUCUCUUCCCUCCCACCCUCCCUCUCCACUCUCUCUUCCCUACAGCUCCUCAACCUCUCCUCCACCAACAUUUCAGGCCCCAUCCCACCUUCCUUCGGCUCCUUCUCCCACCUCCGACUCCUCGACAUGUCCUCCAACUCCAUUUCAGGCUCCAUUCCAUCGGAACUCGGCAGCCUGGAAAAUCUCCAGUUCCUGUUCUUGAACUCCAACAAAUUGUCUGGUUCAAUCCCACCACACAUUUCCAAUCUUUCGUCUCUCCAGGUCCUCUGCCUGCAAGACAAUCUCCUCAACGGAUCGAUUCCGUUGCAAUUAGGGUCGUUAAUUGCCCUCCAGGAGCUUAGAAUCGGUGGGAAUCCAUACCUGACAGGGGAGAUUCCUCCCCAAAUUGGUCUCCUGACGAAUCUCACGACAUUUGGAGCUGCAGCCACAGGCCUGUCUGGUGUAAUCCCUUCAACGUUUGGCAAUUUGAUCAAUCUACAGUCAUUAGCGCUUUACGAUACCGAGGUUUUCGGUUCAAUUCCGCCGGAGCUCGGAAUGUGUUCGGAGCUGAGGAACCUGUAUCUGCACAUGAACAAGCUGACAGGUUCGAUCCCUCCUGAGCUUGGAAAGUUGCAGAAGGUCACCAGCAUGCUUUUAUGGGGGAAUUCACUUACUGGAUUGAUUCCAUCCGAGCUUUCCAACUGCACGUCGCUUGUCGUCCUCGAUUUUUCCGCUAAUGAACUGUCUGGUGAAAUUCCUGGCGAUUUGGGGAAGCUGGAUGUCCUGGAACAGCUUCAUUUGUCGGAUAAUGCGCUCACAGGUGACAUUCCAUGGCGUCUGAGCAAUUGCACGAGCCUGAUUUCGUUACAGAUGGAUAAGAAUCAAUUAACAGGGCGAAUCCCGGAUAGCAUUGGUGAAUUGAAGUACUUACAAAAUUUAUUUCUGUGGGGGAACUCGGUGUCUGGAAGCAUACCGCCUGCAUUUGGGAACUGCAGUGAGCUCUAUGCGCUGGACCUGUCGAGGAAUAAAUUAACAGGAUCGAUUCCGGAGGAGAUAUUCGGAUUAACAAAGCUAAGCAAGCUAUUGCUGCUGGGAAAUAAUCUUACGGGCGAAUUGCCGAGGAGCGUAGCAAGAUGUCAAUCCCUAGUUAGGCUGAGGCUCGGAGAGAAUCAGCUUUCGGGGCAGAUACCGAAGGAGAUUGGGCAGCUGCAGAAUCUGGUGUUUCUUGAUUUGUACACGAAUUAUUUCUCCGGUGGCUUGCCUGCCGAACUUGGGGACAUUUCGGUUCUUGAGCUGUUGGAUGUUCAUGAUAAUAACAUCACUGGCAAUGUGCCUGAUCGGUUGGGGGCCCUGGUGAAUUUGGAACAGCUUGAUCUUAGUAGGAACGGAUUCUCCGGAGAAAUCCCUACGAGUUUUGGUAAUUUCACGUACCUAAAUAAGCUGAUCUUGAAUAAUAAUCGGUUCACAGGUCGAAUUCCGGCGUCGUUUAGAAACUUGCAGAAGAUUACCUUGCUUGAUUUGAGCUUCAAUGGCCUCUCUGGUCCAAUCCCACAUGAAAUAGGUUCAUUGACAAGCUUAACCAUUAGUUUGGAUUUGAAGUCGAACCAGUUCAGUGGCGAAAUCCCGGAGACGAUGUCUGGAUUGACUCAGCUGCAAUCGCUUGAUCUUUCCGAGAAUUCGUUGUCCGGGAGGAUCUCUGUUUUGAGUGUUCUUACCAGCCUUACAUACCUCAAUGUUUCCUGUAACAACUUCUCCGGUCCAAUACCUGUGUCGCCGUUCUUCCGAACACUAACCCUGAAUUCGUUCCUCGAGAACCCUCACCUUUGCCAAUCCAUCGAUGGAUCCUCUUGUUAUUCAAGCUUGAUGAGAAGAAACUUGAUGAAAUCUGCAAAAACAAUAGCUCUAGUUACUGUGAUUCUGGUGUCUGUGGUUAUGGCAGUUGUUAUCACCUGGAUUUUGGCUGUACGUAGUCCUAAGUAUGUCGUAGAGAAAUCCAGCUCGCCGAGUUCAUCAGCAGAGGAGGAUUUCUCUUAUCCUUGGACUUUCAUACCAUUCCAGAAGCUCACGUUCUCGAUCGAGAACAUCUUGAAUUGCCUGAGAGAUGAAAAUGUCAUUGGGAAAGGAUGUUCAGGAGUUGUCUACAGGGCAGAAAUGUCGAACGGCGAGCUGAUAGCAGUUAAGAAGCUUUGGAAGACAAAGAAAGACGAAGAACCAAUAGACUCUUUUGCAGCUGAAAUUCAGAUUCUCGGACACAUUAGGCAUAGGAACAUAGUGAAGCUGCUGGGGUAUUGUUCGAACAAGAGUGUCAAGCUGCUUCUCUACAACUACAUCCCGAAUGGAAACCUUCAACAGCUUUUGCAGAACAACAGAAAUCUGGAUUGGGAAACGAGAUACAAGAUAGCCGUUGGAUCGGCUCAAGGUCUCGCCUAUCUACAUCACGACUGUUCGCCUGCGAUUCUUCACAGAGAUGUGAAGUGCAACAACAUACUCCUAGAUUCCAAAUACGACGCGUAUUUGGCUGAUUUCGGACUAGCAAAGCUUAUGAACUCUCCCAAUUAUCAACAGGCUAUGUCGAGAGUUGCAGGAUCUUACGGAUACAUAGCACCAGAGUAUGGGUACACAGUGAACAUAACAGAGAAGAGCGACGUGUACAGCUAUGGGGUGGUUCUGCUAGAGAUACUAAGCGGGCGCAGUGCAGUCGAACCGCACAUAGGUGACGGGCUCCACAUAGUGGAGUGGGUGAAGAAGAAGAUGGGAAGCUUCGAGCCAGCUGUGACAGUGCUGGACACGAAGCUCCAAGGAUUGCCGGAUCAAUUGGUUCAAGAAAUGCUUCAGACUCUAGGAAUAGCUAUGUUUUGUGUGAAUUCGUCGCCGGCUGAAAGGCCAACGAUGAAGGAAGUGGUGGCACUUCUGAUGGAAGUGAAGACUCAGCCGGAGGAGUCGGGGAAAACUUCUCAGCCCCUAAUAAAACAGUCCUCUAAUCAAAGCUGAAUAGCUGACUGUGUUGUUCUUGUCUUUCAGAGUCUUUGGGAACUUCUAGUUUUAGCUAGUUAGCAGUUAAAUUUCUUGCUUUUUUAAUUCGGGAUUAAACAAUGGGGAAUUAUGUCGGGAACAGGAGAUACCCUCUGUUCCAUUGACAACGCUUCGAGUUUCUUUGUACAGUUAAGCUACAUCAGUGUUUUCAACAAUUCCUAAAUGGUUUGGGCAGGUGAUCAUUUGGUAUUUUCUGAUCAUCAACUUAACCAUAAAAGUUCUGCAACCCUAAUUUCUGUGUUUUGCCUUACUGAUUUCUAAGUUUUUGGA